AUGGCCGUCCUGUCAUGGCGCCUGCACACUGGGCCUCGCGCGCUGUGGCCUGGGGUCCCAGGCCGCCUCCUCCUGCUGCUGCUGCUGCUGCUGCCACCACCACCGGGAGGGGCGGCUGCCUCCCGUCCUGGGACCCCCGCCCAGGCCGCAGUGGGGCCCGGGACCCCGCGGUGGAAGGUCAAUGAGGUCAUGUCCUUGAGCGGAGAUGUGGCCUGUGGCCAACCUCACUUGCAGGGGAAGGUCUUGGGGGGCAGCCCUGCACCGGAGAUGAAGUGGCCAUGGCAGGUUAGUGUGCACUAUGGAGGGAUCCACAUCUGCGGCGGAUCCAUCCUGAAUGAGUACUGGAUUCUGUCAGCAGCCCACUGCUUCGACAAGGACAAGGCUAUGGGCGCAUACGAUAUGUACGUGGGCCUCAUUGACCUCGGGGUUGCUACCCAACACACCCAGUGGUUCGAGGUGAAUAGAGUGAUUUUGCACCCUACCUACAAAUUAUACCACCCCAUUGGAGGCGACGUCGCACUAGUGCAGCUGAAAAGCCGGAUUGUGUUUUCUGAGUCUGUGCUCCCCAUCUGCCUAGCACCUCCAAACGUGAACCUUCAGAAUCUGACUUGCUGGGCUACAGGAUGGGGACUAAUCUCCCGAAAAGGUGACACUAUAGACCUGCUGCAGGAGGCUCAGCUUCCCCUGAUUUCAGUAUUCCUGUGCAAGCUGCUUUACGGAAGCCCGUCCCACAUCAUGCCAGACAUGCUGUGUGCCGGGAAUCUGCUCAACAUCAAGACUGUCUGCGAGGGCGACUCCGGGGGCCCGCUCGUCUGCAAGCACAACGGAACCUGGAUGCAAAUUGGAGUGGUGAGCUGGGGCCGUGGUUGUGCAAACCCUAUGUAUCCAGGAGUCUACGCCAGAGUCUCUUAUUUUGCAGAAUGGAUCCAUCAGAAGAUAGAAGACACACCGCUGCCUCGUCAGCCGACCCCCAGCUUCUGCCCUGCUCUGGGUGCCAGCCUCGGGGUUCUUGCUGUCACACUGCUCACCCUGUCCCUGUAGUGCAGGGCCCACCCCCACCCCUUCUCUGGCCUUGUU